GACGAAAGAAACGCACUUCACAGCUUAAGCCGCGAAGAUAGACUUUAUCGAGUGGUUAUUACAAAUUAACACUGUAAGAUCGUAUGGAUAUAUAUAAGAGAACAUCAAGACAAAUUGUCAAGUCACCCUCAGUGAUUCCAUCAAUCAACAUGUUGCGUGUGGGGUUAUUAUUGGUCGGGGCCAUCACUUUGGUCUCCUCCAAUGAGGAACUACUUUCAGAAACAGCUGCAGUCGAUCUUGUAGCACCCCCAUCAGUUCUUGGCAAACCAUUGAUAAACCAGGCAGCCGUCAUCAACUACAUUAAUCAGAAACAGUCACUAUGGAAGGCUGGCAAGAAUUUUGACGAUGAUGUCUCUGAGGAUUACUUGAGGCGUUUGGCAUCUGCACGUCUUCCAGAAGAACCACUACCCAUGUUGAAGACGGAAAAAACUGUGACAGACGACUAUCCAGAAAACUUUGAUGCCCGGAAUAAAUGGACCAAAUGUCCUAGCAUUUCCCACAUCUACGACCAAGGAAACUGUGGAAGUUGUUGGGCGGUUUCUGUUGCAUCUGUGAUUGCGGACCGAACUUGCAUUGCUUCUGAUGGGAAGUUCACAAGCCCAAUCUCUGCACAAGAGAUCAUGUCUUGCUGCACAAAAUGCGGUUACGGUUGUGAGGGCGGCUGGCCAGACAAGGCCUUCAAAUUUUACCAGAAACAUGGAGUCUCUACUGGAGGAGACUACGACAGCAAAGAAGGUUGCAUUCCUUACGAAAUAGAACCAUGCUCACACCAUGUUGAUGGACGUUACCGUAACUGUAAAUCCUAUAACACAACAGCAACACCUGUCUGCAGAACUAAAUGUAGCAACUCUCACUACAAGGUGCCGAGGAAACGUGAUCGUCACUUUGGUUACGCUUGCUAUGAGAUCAGUGCUCAGGACAUGAAACAUGAACUCUCUCAUCAUGGUCCUGUUAAUGCCAUCUUCUCAGUUUAUGAAGAUUUCUUCCACUAUAAAUCAGGGAUCUAUGACCAUGUAUGGGGUACUUUAAAAGGCAAACACGCAGUGCGAGUGAUUGGAUGGGGCAAGGAAAAUGGUGUUGCAUACUGGCUGGUAGCCAACUCCUGGAAUGAAGAGUGGGGCGAUAAAGGUCUAUUCAAAAUCAAACAGGGCAUCAAUGAAGUGCGCUUUGAGGAAUACUUCAUGAGUGCUGAAAACAAGAAGUGAUUUUGGAUCAAGAAGAAAAUCUCAGUCAUCAUUUGGGCAGUUUUUAGAAGUGCUACAGAAAUAGUGUGAUUACUGUCCAGGAAAGUGAACAUUAAUAACGAUAUAUCAGAAGGAUUUCACAACAAGAUUAAAGGAAUGUUGGUUUUAUAUGCUUGAUACUCAAACAAUGGCAACCUAUAAUUUAGGCAAGAAGAUUUGGAACUCAAUAAGUCGUAACAGAAUUAUUGUCAGUUGCUAUGAAAUGUGAAUUUACCUCACUGUACUGGUACUGCCUGCACAAGUUCCAAUAAAUACCAAGUUUGAACCUUGA